CAAGAUUGAAUGGGUCGUAUAGGCUUAACCACAAGUAUUUUUUAAUUGCUAAAAUAGAAAAUGAUAUGCCAAGUAAUACUAUGGAACAUACUGGCUUCCGCAGUGAUUUUAUUUUGUGGCGCCUUUUUUAGGGUAGACUUUAAAAAAAUAGUUCAAAAUGAUUGGAACUUGAAAGAAUAUGAUUUUAUAAUAGUUGGUUCAGGAUCAGCCGGAGCUGUUUUGGCCAAUCGGCUCUCCGAAGUAAAUAACUGGAAUAUUUUGCUAUUGGAGGCUGGUCAACCUGGAAAUAUUAUUACCGCUAUACCUUUGAUGGCACCAAUAUUUCAAGUUACGCCCUAUAACUGGAAUUAUACCAUGGAAAAACAAGAUGGAAUAUGUUUAGGCAUGGAAGAUAACACGUGUGCUUGGCCAAGAGGUAGAGCACUUGGAGGUAGCACUGUGAUAAACUACGUCAUUUACACCAGAGGAAAUCCAAUCGACUACAAAAGAUGGAGUGACGAAGGCAACCCAGGAUGGUCUUAUGAAGAAGUGUUGCCAUAUUUCCUGAAAUCGGAAAAUUGUGAUAUCGGUUCAUUGUGUGAUAGUAAAUACCACAACAGAGGAGGUUACCUAAAUGUUGAAUAUCCAUAUGCGUCGAUUUUAUCGAAACAAUUUUACAAAGCAGGUCUCGAAAUGGGAAGCAAAUACGUGGACUACAACACAGAAGACUACCUAGGCUACUCAAGAAUCCAGGCAAACCUGCGUAGAGGUCGCAGAGAUAGUGUGGCUACAGCCUUUUUAUACCCAAUACUACAACGACCCAACUUGAGAAUACUUACAUCAGCAAGAGUCACAAAAGUUCUUAUAAACGAAGACAAACUGGCUUAUGGCGUUGAAUUCUACAGGCGGGGCAAAAAGUAUACAGUAACGGCCAAAAAAGAAGUAAUUCUAUCUGCUGGCGCGUUCCACUCCCCUCAGCUUCUAAUGUUGUCUGGCGUGGGGCCAGCGGAACACCUACAGGAACUUGAUAUACCGCUCGUGAAAAAUUUGCCUGUAGGUAAGAGUUUAAAAGACCACGUGACGUACUUGGGCUUGAUUUUUAAGAUGAAUGUUACUGUAAAUAAUAAAUUCAGCAUAUUUUCACCCCAAGAAGUCCUCAAUUAUUUAUUAAGAGGAAAAGGAGGUUAUGCAUCAUUGGGGGGCGUGGAAUCUUUGGCAUAUAUAAAAACAAAGGGUUCCAAAACACCAGAAAACUACCCAGACAUCGAGUUAAUGUUAUCUGGAAUUGGUUCCCUGGAAGCUGACUACGGACUGAUUUCAAGACGAGAAUUAAGAAUUAGGGAAGAAGUGUACGACAAAUUUUUCAGACCAUUAGAGUUAACUCCUACUUUUGCAAUACUACCGAUAUUAUUGCAUCCAAAAUCAAACGGGUUUCUGAAGUUACGAUCAAAAAAUCCACUUGACAGGCCCUUGCUUUAUGGUAACUUUUAUACAGAUCAAGAAAAUGCCGACCUAAAAACAAUGAUUGCUGCUGUACGAUACAUUCAACAAUUGACACAAACAGAAGCGUUUCGAGCACUAGACGCCACACCAAACACCAUUCCAGUGCCGAAUUGCGAAGUUUACGAAUUCGAUUCCGACAGUUAUUGGGAAUGUGCUUUAAGAACUUUUUCCGUUACUGUUCACCAUCAAAUUUCUACGUGCAAAAUGGGAAAAGUGGUCGAUGAAAGGCUGAAAGUUAUUGGCAUUAAAAAUCUUAGAGUUGCCGAUACCAGUGUUAUUCCAGUGACUCUAUCCGCGCACACCAGUGCGCCAGCCAUGAUGUUGGGAGAAAAGACUGCUGAUAUUAUUAGAGAAGACUGGAAUGAGAAGCAAAGCUGAUUCGUAGUUUUUUAGUAGAAAGUACCUAUAUAAUAAAUAUAAUUAUCAACAAGAAUAUUU